GAAUUCCUGGAUUUGUUUAGUAAUCUCGAGUUUCACCCUCAUAAUCGCAAACAUUCGAAGGGCAAAGCCGAACUUACAAAUCAAUGCAUAAAAUUAAGCGUCCCUAUCAUUCACUCGCGUUUCUUGUUGGUUUGGAAACUCGCUUCAAACCAGUGGAUAAAGAUUGGCAGAUAUAUAUCAUAUAUACCCCUCCCCCCCCCUCUCUCUCCUCCUUCUAGACCUAUCGGAGAUAUUUGGCCAAUUUCCUAUCGAAUUGUUGUCUGAUUAAACCCCUCUCAAUCGGAAUUCGAAGAGCUUCGUCAUUCUAUACGGGUUAUCCGUUCUACGAAGGAGGUCUAGGAUCCUGCAUAAAUGAGGUUUAGACUUAGCCCACACGGUCCAUGGGCUUUUAGCAAAAUUUCUUAACUUAUUCUACAGGUGUCUAGAUCAUGUCCCAUCAACAAGGAAACGAAGCUGAAGAAAUGGAGGAGGAAUUUGAGAUGGAAGAUGCAGAUGAUGAUAUGGAUGAUGAGUUCCAUGCGAGAGAUGCUGGUGGCUCAGAUUCUGAUGUGGAUGAAUAUGAAUACAUGAAUAAUAGAAUGCAAGACACAACUGCAGCUGAAGCUAGAAAAGGCAGAGAUAUCCAAGGGAUUCCCUGGGAGGGGCUGAGCAUAACAAGAGAGAAAUAUAGACAGACUAGACUAGAACAAUAUAAGAAUUAUGAAAACAUUCCUAAAUCUGGAGAGGGGUCAGAAAAGGAUUGCAAAUCCACUGAAAAAACAGGCUCGUACUAUGUGUUCAGGCGAAAUUCAAGAUCUGCAAAAUCUACAAUUUUACAUUUUCAGUUGAGAAAUUUGGUAUGGGCUACAUCAAAACAUGAUGUCUACCUCCUGUCUCAUUUCUCUAUUAUGCAUUGGUCAUCAUUAUCAUGCAACAAGUCUGAAGUUCUUAAUGUAUCAGGACAUGUAGCGCCUUCUGAGAAACACCCUGGGAGCUUGUUGGAAGGAUUUACCCAGACUCAGGUCAGCUCAGUAGCAGUGAAAGAUAAGUUGCUAGUUGCUGGAGGUUUUCAGGGAGAACUUAUCUGCAAGUAUCUGGAUAGGCCUGGAGUGUCCUACUGUACUCGGACUACAUAUGAAGAUAAUGCCAUCACUAAUGCAGUUGAGAUAUAUACAUCUAGCAGUGGUGCAGUGCAUUUUGUGGCUUCGAAUAAUGACAAUGGAGUUAGAGACUUUGAUAUGGAGAAAUUUCAACCAUCUAACCAUUUUCGCUUUCCAUGGCCAGUCAAUCAUACUUCCCUAAGUCCCGAUGGUAAGCUUCUUGUUAUUGUUGGUGAUGACCCAGCGGGUAUGUUGGUGGAUUCCAGGACUGGAAAGGAAAUUGCAUCUUUUCAGGGUCACUUGGACUACUCAUUUGCAUCAGCUUGGCACCCAGGUGGAUUAACCUUUGCUACCGGGAACCAGGAUAAAACUUGCCGAAUUUGGGAUAUCCGGAAUCUUUCAGCAUCAGUCACUGCCUUGAAGGGAAACCUUGGAGCCAUUCGUUCAAUCCGCUAUACAUCAGAUGGCAGAUUCAUGGCUAUGGCAGAGCCUGCAGAUUUCGUCCAUGUUUUUGAUGUUGAUAGUGGGUAUGAGAAGGAGCAGGAAAUUGAUUUCUUUGGCGAGAUAUCCGGUAUGUCAUUUAGCCCUGAUACAGAAUCCCUCUUCAUUGGAGUGUGGGACCGUACAUAUGGUAGCCUUCUUGAGUUUGGCAGACGUAGGGAGUACUCAUAUCUCGACACUAUUGUCUGAGCGGGUUUUGUUAUUUGCAGCACUAGUGAGUGUGUGUGCUCAGGAAUUGGGGUUGAAGGUGUAUAGUUGGUAUCGUAGUUUAGAGGUUUGGUCAAGUGUUGAACAGAUGCUGUGAGUGAGUGAGGGGGGUGUACAGUGAGGAUAGAUAGUUAUGGUGAAGUGGUUGUGCAUAUCCAACUAGGGAUAUGAGUGUGUGUCAUGAUUAAUUUUAAAACAAAAAUUAGAUGUGGAGGUCAGUAAUGUUGUCAUAUUUAGCUUGUGAUAAAUGGGACUUGUUGCACUACAUUGCUACAUUUGGAUGUUAUUCAAUCAAUUUGUCUUUGUCCCUCUA